AUGGGGGCCGCGGGUCUCCGUGGAGCUACGCCCUUCGCGGACUGCCCCCGAAGCCUGGGACGAGCGGGAUCCUUUCCGCGCGAGGUGGGCCGCGGCGACCCCCUGAACGCGGGCGCCGCGAACCUGGCGUCGGGGGCGCGCGGAAGCCCGGGCGGCGGCCACGAGGACCAGGGGGCCGGGGAGAAUCUGGACUCCUUGUCUUGGGUCAGAGAGAAAGUGCUCUUUCUUCUUCACCCAGAGAGAGGGCUGGGGACUCACGGGGACCCUGCGCGGGAAGAGGCGGCUGGUGGGGAGGACCGGGAGAGCCCUGCUCCUCACUUCCCACGAGAAAAGCGGGUUCCUGGAAGCCACUUAGACCCUCCCUCCGGAGCCCCUCCGCGGGACACCGCAGCCCCACCGAAAUCCGUGCUCGUGCGCGUCGUGGAUUAUCAGGUGACAGAAGAAGUCCUGUGGACCGCGUGGACGAAGGGCUGCAUGACCUCACGGACGGAGGAGCGCUCCGUGACCAUGGUCACUUUUCGCACCACCAAGGAGUGA